CCUGUUCUUGCAAUAAAUGGUUCUUUUACUCAGUGAUCGAAAGCUGACUGACUGUGUUCUAGAACUAUGGUUGGGUUUCCUGUGUGAUGAUGUCAUUUGUUUUCCAUGUGAUUCAGAAUCCAAUAUGGCGGGAGUAAGUGCAGGAGCAAAAGGAAGACUCAUCGCUGUUAUUGGCGACGAAGAUACAUGUACAGGGUUUCUACUGGGUGGAAUUGGAGAGAUAAACGCACAGAGGCAAAAGAAUUUUUUCGUUGUAAAUAAAGAAACAUCWGUUAGUGAAAUAGAAGAAAAAUUUCAAGAAUUUGUGAAUAGAAAAGAUAUUGCAAUUCUUCUAAUUAAUCAGAACAUUGCAGAAGAGAUUCGUCAUGUCCUUGAUGGCUAUUCAAGAGCUAUUCCUGCAGUAUUAGAAAUUCCGUCUAAAGAACAUCCCUAUGAUCCAUCUAAGGACUCUAUCCUUAGAAGAGCAAAGGGACUUUUCAGUGCUGAGGACUUCAAAUAGACUUUCCAUUGUCAUGCUUUCACGAGAAUCUAUCAAUAUUACUAAUAGUUGMCAAUGGAAAAGCUAUAAACCUUUCUAUUUUAAUAAUUUAAAAUCUUACACUUCUCAGCUUAGAUAUUUCAAUCAAUAAUUAAAAUUAAUAGGAGAGGAGAAAUUGACAGGAGUAUUUGAAAAACAUAAUUCGAAAGGGUGUGAUUUAUAUUUGUGGGAUUUCAUUCAUUUCAUGCAAAAUACUAAGUGUCUUCUUUUAAAAUACCUAAAAACAUUGUCAGGUUCAUAACAGAACACGAAAGAUGAGACCAAAAAGUAUUCAGGGAAAUAACAAAAUAUUCUGAUGUGUUCA